UGCUUCCUUUUGGCUCCUCCAGGUCUCACAUAACAAGAAAUCUAUACAUAAGCUUACAUCGUUAUGGCUCCUCCUUCAGAUAUCAAUCAUCUUUCUCACCCUUGUUUAUAUGGGGAUUUUGUUUCUUCAUACUCAGAGAGAAAGUCUGGUUUUAUGAAAUGGUUUGGCAAGGUUUUCAAAAUUGGGUCCAAUAGAGGAAAGUGUGGUGAUCGUAAUCUACAGGAGCCUGUGGAGGAAAACAUGGUUUGGCGAGUUCCAACUAGAUCGUUGGAUGAACGUGCUAGAUCCCGGAAGGAGGAAGAGGAUCUGAAUCGUGCAAUUUCACUCUCUUUAAGUGAAGAUUUAAAGAUUCCAACUGGAUAUAGAUGGCGGACAGGAAUUGAUGAAGAUUUGGCAAAGGCACUACAGGAUCGCAUGCACUCAUCUGCACAUCCUCCUUAUGCCCCUCUACCUUUUCAUCCCCGGUCACUUAGUAUUCCGUCGCAUAUCAAAAUAUGUGGAGGGUGCAACCGGGAGAUACUAUACGGAAAUUGUUUGGGAUUUGAGAAUAGUUAUUUUCAUCCAGACUGCUUUAGGUGCCACUCUUGUCAUCACCCCAUUACUGAGCAUCAGUUUUCUUUGUCAGGGAAGCAUCCAUAUCACCAAUCCUGUUUUAAAGAAUUGACCCACCCUAAAUGUGAAGUUUGCCAUCAACAUAUUCCAAUAAAUGCCGCUGGUUUGAUUGAGUAUAGGUGCCACCCCUAUUGGAACCAAAAGUAUUGUCCAUCCCAUGAAAAAGAUAACACAGCUCGCUGCUGUAGUUGUGAAAGAUUAGAGUGUCGGAAUGAAAGAUACUAUAGAUUGGAAGAUGGACGUACAUUGUGCUUUGAGUGCAUGGAAUCUGCUAUAACGGAUACUGGUGAAUGUCAGCCUCUUUAUCAUGCUAUCAGAGACUAUUAUGAAGGAAUGAACAUGAGGAUAGAUCAACAAGUUCCAAUGCUUCUCGUUGGGAGAGAAGCACUUAAUGAAGCUAUUUUUGGGGAGAAGAAUGGUUUCCAUCACUUGCCAGAAACAAGAGGUUUAUGCCUAUCAGAAGAGCAGACUGUCACCAGUGUACAUAGAUGGCCAACACUAUUUGGAGGCCAUAGAUUUAUAGGGAUGAGAACUCAACCUCAAAGGCUGACUAGAAAAUGUGAAGUUACAGCUAUUCUUGUUCUAUAUGGUCUUCCAAGGUUACUCACUGGUGCUAUCCUUGCCCAUGAGUUGAUGCAUGCUUGGUUACGGCUUAAAGGUUACCGCAACCUUAAUCCUGAAGUAGAGGAAGGUAUAUGUCAGGUUCUUUCUUACAUGUGGCUUGAUUCAGAAGUGAUGCCUGGUUCAAGAACCAUGCCAUCAACAUCAGCAGCAGGUUCUUCUUCUUCCUCGUACUCCUCAUCAUCAACAUCAUCAUCAAAGAAAGGUGCAAAAUCUCAAGUUGAAAAUAAAUUGGGUGCAUUUUUCAUGAACCAAAUUGCCAAUGAUUCUUCCCCAUCUUAUGGUGGUGGCUUUAGAGCUGCAAAUGAAGCUGUUAAUAAAUAUGGUUUACGUUGUACUCUGGAGCAUAUUCGUUUUACUGGUCAGUUCCCACUGUAAUAUGAACGAACACCUUCUCUAAGGACUUUGGAUUGUAGUGUUUGAUGUUUAAGGAUGUCCAUGUCCAAAUUUACUAAUAUUAUUAAGCAUGCCUUGUUCCUAUUUUAGACAUGUUCUUCUUUAGUGAUGCAGUUAGUGUAAACAUCAUAUGUUUAUACCAAACUUUACUAUGUAAUUAUAUAUUC